UAUUUCAUUUUCUCAAGAAAAAUAAAAUAUAAAUAUAAAUAUAUAAAAGACUUCACCAUAUUUAGUAGAAAAGAAAAUUUUGGGUUUCUCAAACUACUAUAGUCAUCAUCAUCACCAUCAAAACCCCCAAUUUCAUACCUAACCCAUCUCUCUCUCUCAUUCUAUUCUAGGGUUUCUCUCUUUUUUCAUCCAAAGAAGAAGAAGAAGAACAUGGAAGCUGCAACAGUAACCCUUAUGCAAUCUCCUUUCGCUGUCUGUAAAGCUUCCAAUUCUAUUUCCAGAUCUCGUAAUUUCACUUCUACUUGUUCUCGUUUUGUCAAUUUCGGAACCAAUUUUGGUCUCUCAAUCAAGCACCAAACUUCGAUUGCAAAAUCAAAGGUAGGGGAAAGAAGAUUAAAUUAUGGAAAUAGGAGGUUCCCAUUAGUUAGAGCAUCCUUAACUCCGAAUUCAGGAGGAUCAUCUGCUCCAAUUGCUCCAUUACAACUUGAAUCUCCUAUAGGACAGUUUUUAACACAAAUCUUAGCAAGUCAUCCGCAUCUUGUUCCAGCUGCGGUUGAGCAGCAGCUCGAACAGCUUCAAAUCGACCGUGAUGCUGAAGAAACGGCCGACAAAACGGCUGAGGAAUCUUCGGAAACAGGCACCGACUUAGUUCUCUACAGGAGAAUUGCUGAGGUUAAGGCUAAUGAAAGGAAAAAGACUUUGGAAGAAAUUUUGUAUGCUUUGAUUGUUCAGAAAUUCAUGGAUGCCAGUGUUUCUUUGGUACCAUCUAUUAUCCCUUCUGCUGCUUCUGAUUCUUCAUCGCAGGUCGAUUCCUGGCCAAGUCAAGAUGAGAAGCUCGAGCAGCUUCACUCACCGGAGGCUUAUGAGAUGAUACAGAAUCAUCUAUCUCUUAUUUUAGGAAACCGAUUAGCUGACUCCACUUCGGUAGCUCAAAUAAGCAAACUCCGAGUUGGGCAGGUGUAUGCAGCGUCGGUUAUGUAUGGAUACUUCCUCAGGCGGGUUGAUCAGAGGUUUCAACUUGAGAAGACGAUGAAAAUCCUUCCAGAUAAAUUGGAUGAAGAAAGUAACAACAUUGAAACUAAACCCCUCGGUGGAGGACAGUCUCUCCAAGGAGCACCUUCACAUCCCGAAGUUUCUUCAUGGGCUGGGGGCAUCAGUUCUACGGGUUUUGGUGCUGGUGUUAAGAAUUCCCGACUGAGAAGCUACGUUAUGUCAUUUGAUGGGGAGACCCUUCAGAGGUAUGCAACCAUAAGAUCCAAAGAGGCUGUUAGCAUUAUCGAAAAGCACACCGAGGCACUCUUUGGAAGACCCGAAAUUGUUAUAACGCCUCAGGGAACCGUUGAUUCUUCCAAGGAUGAGGUUAUCAAGAUUAGCUUCGGUGGUUUGAAAAGGCUUGUUCUUGAAGCUGUGACAUUUGGUUCUUUUCUGUGGGAUGUGGAGAGCUAUGUGGAUUCAAGGUACCAUUUUGUGAUGAAUUGAUUUCAUAUUAUGGCUGCCUAAAUUCCUGGCAUAGGAAAACUUGGAAAUGAAGGCACAACUGACUGGUUUAAUAUUGAGAUAGUGUGUGUAAAUUUAUUGAUGAUACCACAAGUUAGUUGGGGCUAAAUAUUGUGUAAAUAGAGAAAUCUCAUUUUUAAUCUUAGUAAGGAUUAAAUAAAAUAUAUACUUUGGUGUUUUUGUUGUGA